CGAGAAUCUGUCAUUUGCACUUGGAACCUUUUCCAAUGUUUAUCGAGAUUUAUUCGAUAAAUUUCUUCAAAAAAUAGAAAAUCUGGCCUCCCUGCAUAUACUUCGUCAACGUGUUUAACAGUGUUUAUUAUCGGAUUAUCUGUAGCCAAUUUGCGAAAUAAUUGUAAACUUUUAGGGUAUAGGAUGAAUCAGUUGGAAAAGAAAGAACCCUUGCAAGCCAUAUUAAUCGAUGACAAUUUUAACGAUUGCUUUGUACCGAUCACCGAUCGUAAGCCGCUGCCACUACUUCCGCUAGUGAACGUGCCUCUGUUGGAUUAUGCGUUGGAAGCGCUCAACCGGUCCGGUGUUGAGGAAGUGUUUCUGUUCUGUAGCAAUCAGGUAGAACAAGUUCGUGUCUAUGUGCAGUGGCAGCAACAGAUAAACCGGUGCAGCUGGUCUAUUGGUAUGUCUGUUACAAUCGUUAGUUCAGAAGGAUGUCGCUGUUUGGGAGAUGCACUGCGCGAUUUCGAUGCUAAGGGGCUCGUUCGAGGAAAUUUUAUUCUAAUGGGAGUUGACACCGUUACCAAUUCUAAUCUAGCAGCGAUACUUGAGGAACACAAACGAGUAACGAAAACUGACAAAGGUGCAGCAAUGACGGUCAUUUUCAAAGAAGGAUUCCAACAACAGCGAACGGGCAGUGAGGUGUUGAUCGCCAUGGACAAAAACACAAAACGAUUGCUCUUUCACCAACGUUUGAAACCACAGUACAAAGAGAGAAGCUUCAGCAUUCCGUUGGACAUUUUUUUACAGAACAAGGAUGUUACAGUGCAGCAUGGAUUGCUUGAUCCUCAAAUCGCAAUAUGCAGCAGCUCUGUACUUCCUUUGUUCUCGGACAAUUUCGAUUUUCUAACUCGUGACGACUUCGUCCGAGGGCUGCUCAUCAACGAAGAGAUUCUAGCCAGCACUAUAUAUGUGUCCCAAUUGCCGCGUGAGGAGUAUGCCACCAAGGUCAACAAUUGGCAAAGUUACCAGAUUGUCAGCCGGGAUAUCGCUAAUCGAUACGUCUAUCCUCUGGUGCCGGACAUGGGCGUUUGUGGAACCGAGCAACUCAUUUCAUUUUGUCGCAAUAAUAUCUACCGAAACCGAGAUCUUCGGUUAGCCAGAAGUAGUGUGCUGAAGAGUGACGUGGUUGUUGGUGAAGAAUGUUGCAUCAACGAGAAAACAGUUGUGGAAUAUUCUGUUCUGGGCAAAGGUUGCAAAAUUGGCAAGAACUGUCGUAUUUCGAACAGUUUUAUACUGGAACAUGUUGAAAUUGGAGAUAACUGCGAAUUAGAUCAUUGCAUUGUGGGAGAAAUGGCAAAAAUUGAAUCGCAUUGCAAGUUAACCAACGGUUGUAUUUUGGGACCGAAUGUUGUUCUGCCAAAAACAACGGUAAUUUCCAAAGUCAGUGUCCAAUCAACUCAGCCGGAUGAAAAUUGGACGGAAGGUUCGAAGCAAAUCGGAGUGCAGGCAUAUACUCUACCAGAGUCAAGUGAAAACAAGGACGAUGAUCCGCUUGCAGAUUCCGAAGAUGAUGUUGAACAGGCCAAUAUUAUUUAUCACGCCAUGCGUCUUAGCAAGUUGGAACGAACCUUCAGUCCGUCUAUUUACAGCAGUUCUUCAGAAGAGGGUGAGUCUCGAUGUAUGUCGCCAAUCCAAGAGGACGCAAACAUCUUCCUGUCGGAGGUGCUGGAAUCAUUGAAGCGUGGCUAUUCGGAACAAUCAAAUCCGGAUUAUCUGAUUCUGGAAAUCAAUUCAUCUCGCUACGCUUACAACAUGUCUCUGUCCGAGGUGAAUUUUUAUGUGGUCAAAGCAAUGCUGCAGUUGCUGAUGAUGCAGGAAAAUAUUACCGCUGGUUCCAUGAUUACCAUGCUGAAAAAAUUGUUGAUCUAUUUCGGGCCAGUAUUCAAGAACUACAUCCGCGGAAAAGAUGCAAUGAUGGAUGGUCUUAAGGCACUAGAGGAAUCGGCCCAACAGGAGGAACUCAUAAGAGCAAAAAUUGCCCAACUGGUUCACUUUCUAUACGAGCAGGAUUUUAUUUCGGAGGAAGUGAUCUUCGAAUGGCAUGAAGAACUGGAAGAUGAAGGUGAGGGAUCCGUGAAACGGAAUCUCACCAAAUUAAUAGAUUGGCUAAUGCAAUCCAGUGAAGAGGACGAUAAUGAUGAUGACAGUGAAUAAUGUAGUUAUACGAAAAUAUAUGAAUGAAAGUGUGAA